AUGGAUGGGCAGCAAGCAUCUUGGAGAAGGGGUGGAGCAAUCCCCGAUCGAGAUAGUGUUCUCAAAGCUGCAAUCAAGCUAUGGGACAAAUUCAUGGAAUUCAAAUACGACAAUAUUGGUGCAGCUGACUUGGCAGGAGACAACUCGCUUGUUCUUCUAACUGAGUUAUGUACCCAGUGGGGAGAGAAUCCACCGAUGAAGCCUAAUGGUCAGCCUUACGCUCUUUCGGGUUUGACCAAGUAUAUACGAACCAUUAUCCAUGAUCUCAAGAAGACUUUUGGCAAUAACGAUGCCAUCAGAAAUGGCCCAGAGCUGUUCACUACCGAGGAGGUCAAUCAGCUAGUUAAAAUGCUGGAAGGAAAUCAUGGUAGAACUCUGAUGAUUGGCAGCAGAGAAUCGGAUGUAUUCAAAGAAUCAUUUCCUAUUCCUAGGCAGCACAGUGCAAGAACCAGGACACUACCUUUCAAUGAUUUUCCGAACAACAAUUUGAGAGAUAUGUCAAGAUCUGUGGAGCUGUUCGCGAUGGCUCAAAGGUUGUUUACCAGGGGAGAAUUCACUAAGCUUUGUAAGCUUCUAUUUACCUUCAACGGCAUAGGCAGAGGAGGAGAAGUGAAAUUUCUGUCAUACGACAAGAUGUUCAUGUGUUUUCAUUUCAAUGUUCUAUUUAUGCAGUGGUUCCAGAGGAAGGAACUCAAAACCAAUCCUUCUGGUUUUUGCAUGGAUUUCCAAUACCCCGAGCUCUGUAUUUUCUUCCAACUGGGUUGUUUUUGGUCAGUUGACAAUGGCCUCUCGAGGAAUCGAAAUGAUAUGGUUGACCCUAACUCUCCUCGAUACAGGACUGCAAAGUUUGUAUUUCCUGAUCUACACGAGAUUGCUGAUGACAGUGUCGCUAGGCAAAUGACCACUCUGAUUAGAACAUUGGUGCCCGAGCAGCUGAAGAAAUUCUAUUCGGUGAAGUCACUGCCAACUGGUGCCAUGUCUUUGCUUCAAUGGAACAGCUCGGUACUCCUACAAGAAGGCAUUGCUCUUGGUGGAUGGAAAACUGGAGCCAACAGCGAUUGGUAUGUUUGGAUUUACUUGGUUGCUAUUGUCCCAGCUGUUUUGGCAUUAGCUGGGUACCCACAGCCGAGAAUCAUCCCAACUCUACCAGAUAUUGAACUCUUAUAUCAAGAUCCAGACCCUAACAUGGUAUUCAGUGCAGUGAAGCUUCCUGAUUUUAUCAACAGCUUAUUUGUCAUAUCCCUCCCAGAGUUUCAAGGUCCCAAUGGUCGAUUACGGAACCUACUGUUGGUGGUCGUAGCAGUGAUGAUUAAGAACUUCCGACACUGCGAGAGGAAAUAUGGAAAUGGGCAUCCCUACGUUGUUAAAAUGAUUGGGGCUACUAUCUCCUCUGGCUUGGCAGUUGGCAAUGCCGAUGGCAGUGUCAAGCUCAAACACUGGUCCCGCAAGAUUACUAUGGAACUCACGAGAGCUGUGCCUGUCAUGCUCGAUACCAAUGACAAUGGAUUAGUUGCCAAUGCCGAUGGAUCUGUGGUUGCUCCGGGUAUUAAGCAAGAGCUUACCAUGAUAAAUCACAAUUUGGGAGAGCUGUUACGGGAAAGAAAUGCCAUGCAACAGCAGCUCGAAGCCAAUAAGCAGGAGAUCCAGUCACUCAAAGCAGAUAUGCAGGACGUCAAAUCGGGCCAAUACAGAACUGCAGGAAACCAGGAAGAAAUGAUGACGUCAGUCCGAGCAAUUUCACAAUCACUGGCCCAACUACAGUUACAACCACAGAGACAACAGGCCAACCCACCUCCCAGACAAGAGCCACCACCAAGGCAGCAACAGGUACGACAGCCUGCACAAGUUGUGCCACCACCUGCAUUACCACCCCCACCAGUGGCCCCAACUCUUCCACCACCAGUGGCGCUACUGCAACCACCACCUCCUGCACCCCUAGUACGCAACACUCUUUAUUCGAGGCUCCAACGCACCAGAGCUACAGACCCGGGUUCAAAUGGAAGAGGGAAAACCAAGACGGAGAGUACUGUAAAGUUUGUGAUGAUGGAUUUGUAUGACUCGAACCAUUUCAGAAGUCUUGGUCAAACCAAUCCACACCUGGAUUCCCUAUGGUCGCAUGUCAACACCAAGUUUUUCCGAGCUGAGAGGAGGCACAGGAAUACUCUGAUGCUGGCCCUUCGACUAGUUGAUUGUAUUUGGACAAGCGAAGAAAGGCUGGCAUCCAUCAACGGAAGCUUUCCCUCAAGAGAUGAUGCUCUCAAUGCCUAUCAUGGAAUAGACUUAUUUGUUAAGCGAGCUGUUCAUAUUUUCUCCAAACCAACCAAUGAAAAACCAAAUCCAAGACGAAAAUCAGCACUGCUUGGAGUUGGAACUUCAAUACACAGCAGUGGUGUUUCGGAGCUUCUAAAAACCUUUGUCCCAAACUGGAAUGCUCCACAAGCUCCAGGCUGGCAAACUCUGAGAGAUUAUGUUGUCACCAAGGAAACAGAAUUGAGGAACAGAAGAUUACAUCCAAGUAGAACUAACCAUGCAUAA